AAAAGCUCUCUUUCCAGUUUCGAAAAUACAAACUACAAACCCUCGGGUUCUUCACCAACCAAAAAAAAAACUCUCUUUCUCUCUUGCGUUACAAAUCUAGAGAAAAAGGAAAAGUAGAGGGAGAAUGGGAGAGGGUAAGCCAAAGCCAGCUGGAGUGUGGCCAACCGUCAAGCCCUUCGUUAAUGGAGGUGCAUCUGGAAUGCUUGCUACAUGUGUCAUCCAACCCAUCGACAUGAUCAAGGUCAGAAUACAAUUGGGUCAGGGAUCAGCUGCUGAGGUGACAAAGAACAUGCUUAAAAAUGAGGGUGUUGGUGCCUUUUAUAAGGGUUUGUCUGCUGGGCUUCUUAGACAAGCUACAUAUACCACUGCCCGCCUUGGAACAUUUAAGAUUUUGACGAACAAAGCACUUGAGGCCAAUGAUGGGAAGCCAUUACCACUUUAUCAAAAGGCUUUGUGUGGGUUGACUGCUGGAGCAAUUGGAGCAUCUGUUGGUAGUCCUGCAGAUUUGGCACUCAUACGCAUGCAAGCUGAUGCGACCUUACCGGCUGCCCAGCGACGGAAUUACUCAAAUGCAUUCAAUGCCCUUUAUCGUAUCAUUGCUGAUGAGGGAGUUUUGGCACUGUGGAAAGGUGCUGGCCCUACUGUGGUCAGGGCUAUGGCACUGAACAUGGGAAUGCUUGCCUCUUACGAACAAAGUGCGGAGUUCUGCAGGGAUUCUCUUGGUUUUGGUGAGGCUACUACUGUGGUAGGGGCCAGUUCGGUAUCCGGAUUCUUUGCAGCAGCUUGCAGUUUACCAUUUGAUUAUGUGAAAACCCAAAUACAGAAAAUGCAGCCAGAUGCACAAGGAAAUUAUCCAUACACCGGUUCUUUAGAUUGUGCCAUGAAAACUCUCAAGUCAGGAGGGCCAUUCAAAUUGUACACUGGAUUUCCAGUAUAUUGUGUUAGAAUCGCACCUCAUGUCAUGAUGACGUGGAUAUUCCUGAACCAAAUUCAGAAAUUGGAGAAAUUUGCUGGGUUGUAAGAGCUCUUCAUUGAAGUUGACCUUCUAUCAUAAUAAUAUUCUGGCUUCUUGCUCCUGAAAUUUUACACCCACAAAGUUGUGGGAAUUUUUUUACAGUGAUCAAUUAUAUUUUUGCGGUAGACAUUUCUCAGGCUAGGGAUUUGGAGAAUUCAAAUUUCUUCCAAAUUGGUUUUGAAAAUAAUGGGAAAUUGUUUUAAUUUAACAAUCCAGACAUUUGUUUUGAUUAUAUUCUUUUGCUUGAGCAAAAUGCUGACAUCUGCUA